CAGCUCACAGUAUAACAAAUGCGCAUACCUGCACAAGAACAACCAGUAUUAGAAAGUCUCAUAGGCAUUCGACAUCGGCUAUCGGCCUUAAAAAAGGAUAGAGAUUCAUAUGCGAAGCCCGAUGUCGUCCUCGGCUUAUGGAGCGAUACAGAAAAGCAGAUAGAAAAAUUGUGCGAGAUACGCUCGGAAAACAUAUGGAACUCUGAUAGCAGAAAUCGACUCAAUGAUGUUCUCGACGACGUCAUGUCUCUCUUGUCGCUGUUCUUUAUGAGCAUAGGCAAGACUAGAGAGAUCCCCGCUGUAUACGCUCAGCUAGUGACCGUCAAACAAUAUCUUGAUCAAUUGGUUGAAAUGGGUGUCUACACAGAGGCAUUAUUAAUUCCAACUGAAGGAAGAUUAAAUGACAUCAAAAGUAUUAUAGACAUGAAUGCGGACAAGCCAGAAAGUACGCCAGCGGUAACUAGUCUUGUGCGACGAAAGCUUUCAAAGUGCAAGGAGACGCUCGCCACAUUAUUUGCCAACCUGCAUGAAGUGUCACCUGAUUUAAAACCCAUACAAAAUGAACUUGUGGAGUUGCGCCGACAACUUUCUCUGUUAGCAGGUCGAGCGUGUGGCUUUUCAGAUGUCGAUAUACAAGAAAUCCAGAAAAGGUUGCGAACAAUUGAUAAUACGAGAGUUGAUGGCAAAUUUUUAGCUCCAAAUGGAUCUAUACCUGCAGGACAAGCCUUGGUGGUCGGCUUAUUGGAGCAGCUUUUCGAGGAAACACAUGAUUUGAUGGCCUCGACAGACAGCGUAUCGGAAUCUCUUGUUCCCAUAGCAGAAAGGCUGAAGGAGAUCAAAUCCAAAUUAGAGCGACUAUCCUUGACCCAUCGAUGGACUCUUCGAGAAACGGAUUUAUACACAUUUCAGCUUCAAUUACAGGAGAUCGAAAAAUUGCGAGUAGGAGGCAAAUUCUUGGAUGCUGAAGGCAAAGUGCCUGAAGGCCAGGCUUUGUUAAAUUUCUUGUUGCGAGCAUGCUAUAGGCUGAUGUCUAAAAUGCUCAGUGAAAGUGUUCCUGUCGCUGAGGCUCUCAUGCCAGUCUACAACCAGCUCAGCACAGUUAGGCGAUGUCUGCUGGAAGUGAACAAAUGGGGUGCACCAGAUUCUGUCCGCGAGCUAUAUCCAUAUCAAAUGAAGUUGGCAAGCAUCGACAACAUGAGAGUCAAUGGUACAUUUUAUGACGAAGAUGGAAUGAUACCGGAAGGACAAGGAUUAUGUGUAGCUAUUUUGAACGAAUGCUAUGAUAUACUUCAUGAUUUAGUCUCUAAAGUCGAGGAUGUGGCCAGCGAUGGCAGUGACGAAGAAGGGGAGUGAAUGUAAUGAAUACGCCAAACUUAGAUCAAGCUUCGAAUUGGAAUAAAACUUGUACUAUCAAUAAUGUUUCAUCAUACACAAAACGGAAGGAAUGAGAUCAGUUGAGAAUUUAUUUGAA